AUGUCUCUUCCUGCUCCUCACCAAGCUAUCGUUGAUGCUCUGAUCAAGGACUUGACACAAGCCAAACCCGACGACCCUCUCCAGUACUGUGCCAAUUACUUCAGUCGCAAGCUCGAACUCGAGCGGUCCUUAUUCAGAGCGGGAAAGCCCACUCCAACCGCCAACGGCAAGAUGGCAGACACCGCUGGCCCUUUCGACAACCGCAGCCCUUUCGCCGCCAAGAACAGUAUACAAGAGGAGGAUGAAGAACGUGACACCUUUGGCUCUCCCACUGAUGCCACCUUCAAAGCUCGUGAUUCCGGUCGGUCGCCCUUUGGCGGCUCGGGCUUUGGUGCCGCAGCUGGGGGCGCCGCCGGAGGUGGCUUGUUUGGCAACUGGCUAGGCAAUCAAGCAUCAGAAGAGACAGAACCACAAGCUCAGUCGUUGCCCAACAACUAUGCCGCAGGACGCAGGACGUCGGUGUCGGCCGAAUCCAUGCAACCGGACUCGGACUCUGGCAGCUGGAAGCCACCCAAACACCCCAAGACGCCUGAGCAGUACGAGAGACUCCGGCAUGCGGUAGCUGGCAAUUUCUUGUUCUCCAGCCUCGACGAAGAAUCCUUCAAUCUGGUCCUGGACGCGUUGGUCGAGAAGUCGAUCCCUGCUCCCAACAUCAAAGUUAUCACCCAAGGCGAUGAGGGUGACUACUUCUACGUCAUUGAAUCGGGAGAUUUUGACAUCUACAUCAACCCCAGCGGAGCGGUCGAAGCAGGCCCAGAUGGCAUGGGGAACAAGGUGGCGACGAUCGGGCCUGGGGGCAGCUUUGGUGAACUGGCGUUGAUGUACAAUGCUCCUCGAGCUGCGACCGUGGUGAGCUCGUCCAAAGGAGGCCUCCUCUGGGCGUUGGACCGCGUCACCUUCCGGCGGAUUCUCAUGAACAAUGCAUUCCAGAAACGAGAAAUGUACGAAGGGUUCCUGGGCGAAGUGCCUCUCCUCUCAUCUCUCAAACCCUACGAAAGAGCCAAAAUCGCCGACGCCCUGGAGACGGUCAAAUAUGAGCCAGGCCAAAACAUCAUCACCGAAGGAGAGCCGGGCGACGCCUUCUAUCUUCUAGAGUCCGGACAUGCUGUGGCUUACAGGCACGGAGUAGAUCAUCCGGUCAGAGAGUACGGCCGUGGUGGUUACUUUGGUGAGCUGGCUUUGUUAGAUGACAAGCCUCGUGCCGCCAGCGUAGUGGCCAAGGACAAUGUCACGGUGGCCAAACUUGGAAGAGAUGGAUUCAAACGACUUCUCGGACCCGUCGAGAGCAUCAUGAGACGUGAGGAAUAUGAAAACACUGAGGAGAUGGAUCCCCUGACUCAACAGAAAACCGUAACAUAG